AUGGAGUGGGCGAGGGCCGCCGCCGCUGGCGCAGGCGGCUUGGCGCACCUGGGGACGCUCUGGUACGGGCAGCGCUGCACCUGCCAGGUGGACUUGGGCGAGGGCUUCUCGGUUGACCGCGAGCUGCUUCGCCUGCUGGAGGGCCAAGUGCAGCGGUGCGGGCCUGCCAACCUGACGGUGCCGGCGCCUUGCCCGCCGCCCGAGUGCACGGGACAGCCUGUCUUGGUGGUGCUGCUGGUGGCGGUGCUCGCCCUCCUGCUGGACUUCGCGGCCGCUUCUGCCGGCGCGUGGUGGUGGCUCCGCCGCUGGGAAGCUCGUGAGGCCGAGGGGCCGCUGCACCAGGCCGAGAGCCUGCGCCUGCAGGCGGACGGCGCCAAGCUCGCGGAGCAGGAGCGGCGCGACCUGGGCCUCGAGGGCAUGCCGCCGCUGCCGCCGCCCGCGGAGGCGCCGCCCGCGCUGGCGCUGGAGGGCACUGCCCACCCCGAGGAGGGUGAGUGGCGCUUCUUAGAGACGCGGGGGGAGGCGCGCCUGGGCGAGCUGGUGGGCUUUGCUGCGCUGGAGGCUGGCUGCUGCCAAGGAGAUCGCGGGGUCGCGAAUGUCGGCGACGCGUUCGUCUCCUGCGCCUUCUUCAGGCCCGGCGAGCAGAUGCCGACCCCUCGAGCUGAAGGCCGUCGCGAUGAGCCGCCGCGUGAGCUGAGGACGCUGCCGGCGAAGUACGAGACGUCGAAUCGUCGACAUCGUUCGUGCAAGGAGGCGGCCUCGCUCACCACUACCACGGCUUUCGACGACUGGCCAAUCAGCGGCCCCCGGACGGCGGAGUGGCUGGCGCGCGAGAUCGCCCGUCGGGAGCUGACGCCUGCGCCUGUGAGGAGGCACUUCUGGUGGCGGCAGCCCCUCGGCCUCGGCCCCAGCGUCUGGGGCGUCGGGGAGCACGAGGCGCUCAGCAGGCUGUUUGAGUGCGCCCUGAAGUACGACCAGCUCAACUUCGGAGAGCUCGCUGCGCUGGAUUUUGCUGGGCGCCGCCAUCAGCUGCUGGAGGAGAGGCGCGCGCGCGCGCGGGUUGCUGCCGCCGCCGGUGGCGACAGCGGACACCUUGACGACGACAUGCUCUUCGUGGGAGAGGAGGGCCGACACGGUCGCGCGCUCGUGGCCCCCGCCUUGGGCCCUUGGAUCUCGCACAAGCUAUCGGAGGAGAGCGCGGUGCUGACGGAGCGCCGCAUGGCGAUGGAGGAGCGCCAGCUGGCGCGCUCCACGGAUGCGACCCCUAGUGCUGGGAGCGGCCAGAACGACGACAAGCCCCACAAGUGUCGAGCUGCCGCCGGCAGCGUACCGACAGCGGAGACGUCCAGGGUCCCGCCGUCUCCCGACAGUACCGCGGAGGGUCAUUAUGCCGAGGGCGGGGACUGGAACGAUUGGUGGCAGAGGGCGAGUUCCGCCUGGGACAGUGGGGGAAGAGGCCUCGACGCAGGCCUGUCCAAGACGGCACCGACAUACGAGCUGCUCAAGACCGACGGCUACAGAGUCUUUCGCCGAAAACUGGAGGUCUUCGAGCGUUGCUGCAGGAAGCGCGGCACCACCGCUAUCAGCGAGGGCGCGUUCUUGAUCAUGAACUCGCUGCAGGGUGAGGCCGCGGAGGCUACGGAGGACAUCGACCUGGAUCAGCUGGAGUCCGAGGGCGCCUUCAAGCCGCUGUUCCAGGUCCUCGACGAGCAUUACAAGUACGACAACCAGACCGAGCUGCCGGCCCGCACAGAUCAGUUUUUCGGCAAGUUCGCUCGCCAGGAUAAGGAGACGAUGAAGCUAUACUGCUUGCGUCACAAACGAGAGCUGAGGAAGCUCAAGGAGGUCGGCAUGGAGAUUCCCGACAUGCUGGCGGGCUGGCACCUCCUCUCACGAGCGGCCGUCCCACCUUCGGGCGCCGCCCAGGUGCGAAGUCAAUGUGCCAGUGGCCUCAGUUGGAUGAGCGUGAAGAAGGCCCUACUCGAUGCAUAUGGAGCCGAAGCCGUACCCGACAAGCGCGACGUGAAACGAGUUGAGAGGAUGCUGGUCGGGCAGGGUCACAAGGACGACGUGCACUACACGAACGACUACGAGUGGGAGCGAGGCCUGAGCUACGAAGACUCAUACCUGGAGGAGGAAGAGUACGAUUACGACGAAUACGAAGAGUACGACGCUGAAGAGUACGAGGAAGAGGCCGACGUCGCCGAGGAGCUGCCGCAGGACGUGGAAGAAGCCCAGAUUGCGUGCGACGAGGCCUACCUCAGUUUCGUGGAUGCGAAGAGGCGCGUAGCGGAGAUCGCCAAGUCGAGAGGGUUUUACCCGAUCGUAGUUGUCGCGCCUGACAACAACUUUCAACACGGCAAGGGCGCGUCGCGCCCCGCCAAGCCGGCGGGCGGCAAGGGCAAGGGCCGCAGCAAAGGCAAAGGUAAAGGCAAGGGCACCGGCUCGCGCCAGGUGUUCAGGCCGAAAGUGAACAUCUUCAAUAGGCGGCGCGAGCAGGGGGGCUAUCUCAUGCUCCAGAGCAGCCAGCGCCACCUCUUCAAACGCUGGCAGUCGUGCCAGCGACCGACCUCUCCUCCGACGCAGUCGCCGAGCUGCCUGUCCGAUCUGGGCACUCGUUUCAUUGCCGCAUCCUACGGCUUCCACAAGUAUUGCGAGAGCGUCAUCCACGAGGACAUGCAGAAUGAGCUUGCAGAGGGGCGGCAACAGGUUCUGAUGGGCAUAUCCUGCCACCGGGUCCGCAGCGACGCCACGAACAGCAACGUGUGGAGGAAGUCGAAGCUCCACGCUGGCUGCCAAUGGAAAUACUUCAGUACCAUCACGAAGUUGAACCAAGUGUGGAGGGAGCUCGCCAGCGACAUGUUCAACGCGUGGAGGAGCCAGGACCCCAAGCUUGAGGAGCAGUCCCAGCACAGGCUUCGAAUGGGCAGGUGGCGCAAGGACGCAAUGUCCGCUGUCCACGACGUGGUUUUCUGGCGCGUGGUCGACAUUGCGGCGCUUGCUUCAGCUCCACUGGAUCACGUGCAACAUUUUCUGCAACGCAGCCCCUCGCAGGACGAGGUCCUGCACCACGGCGGGCUGUGGGCGCGUUUGGUUUACAGCCAUGGGUACGCUGGCAAGUGCGAGAAGGGCGAUGGUUCGAUACAUGGUGAGUUCACGGCAGUUCUGACAGACACGAACUGGAAGGCCAUCGCCAACGACGCGGCCGACCUGCCACCGACUGCGAAUGUCAGAGCAGGCUCCCUUAUUCGCUAUGUUGGUUCGCGUUCCGAGUUCCAGGAGUCCGUUGCCAACGUCGACAACAACUUGCCCAAGACGUGCUUGCUGUGGCACGUGACAACUCGAUGGAUCUUGAGAUCAAUUGCAGGAAGCUUCUACAUUUUUUCCCUGACGACUUCCGCCAGGCAGCAGAAGGUGGUCUUUGCGGCCAAGGUGGACAGCUUGGUCGAGGAAUUGCUCGGCGGAGCGUCUGGUAGGGUCGGGCGCGGAAUGUCGAGUAGCCCUGGUGGCCACAUGCACACGUUGACGAAGAAUUGCGGCAUGGAGUUCAUCACGAAGAAAAACCGAUGGAUCACGCCCACGGAGCUUUUCCUGCUGCACGCUUUCCCAGUGCGCCCGGAACUUGCAGAUCCUCAAGGCAUGGCUUUCGUAGCAACCAGUUUAGCGGUGCGUCGCGCCGACCGGCGCCGGAACGCGAUGCUCGACCAGGAGCUGCUGUACGCCCCAGACAUCCCCAUCGAACGACGCUUCCCGAACACAGCUGGGGUCGUGCGGCUUCAAAAGCUCAGGACUUGCUACGAGGUGUACAGACCAGGCGCCAAGGACGCGAUGGCGGUCGCGUGGCACGGAAAAGCCAAGACCGCCUCGCAGCUGCUGGCUCUGCAGGCUAUGCUGGCGGGAGUGGCCCUCGGCUCCUGUGGUUUUUCCAAAGAUCCAUCGCGUGGCGGGCCCGACGUCUGUGGCGGCCGCCCCAGCAAUGAGCGCAGCUGGAAGUUGGAGGAGGCGCUCUACGGCGGAGGCGCGGCGCUCCUGUGGCUCGCCGCGGCCCUCACCCUCGCGUCGGGCGGCCAGUACGCUCGCGCCCUCAUGCGGGCAUAG